CCGUCGAGUUCGACGCAUGCACGCUCAUUCUCUUCCCCCACCUCCCCCCCAGCCCCCCCUCCCUUCGCUUGGGGCUCGGACGGGCGCUUGUCUUGAGGCGGCCGGGAUCCGGUCGCCGGGCUUGUGCUGCCCCUGCUGCGGGGGGGUGGGGCCACAGCCACCGCGCAGCUUUGGCGUCGUGGCAGCCCGACCCGCGUCUCGCGACCUCUCAAGUUAUAUAGCGAGACCCGGCCCGGCCAGGGGGAAAGGGCUUAACACUUCGGUCCUGGCUCUGGUUGCCAUCGCGGAUUCUGUCCGGGCACAACCACAACACAGCAGCAGCUGCGCUACUCGCUCGCCUCCACUUGCCACCACUCGCAACUCUCAUCGGAGGACUCGGAGCGCUAUCGAGGGAGGGAGGGAGGGAGGAAAGAGAGAGCGAGAGAUUAGGAAGGGGGGACGACGAUUAUCGAAAUGGUGGGGAGGAAGCUGGGCGAAAAAAGGGGGAAGCGGAGUCGAGAUGGGAGGUAUCGAGGGGUGCGACGACGGCCCUGGGGCCGAUAUGCUGCGGAAAUUCGCGAUCCGAACACGAAGGAGCGCAAAUGGCUGGGGACGUUCGACACGGCUGAGGACGCAGCGUGCGCGUACGACAACGCGGCGCGCGAGAUGAGAGGCCCCAAGGCGCGCACCAAUUUCUGCUUCCCCGCGCAGCUGCCGUCGGCCAAAGCGGCCGGCUUCCACACCAGCUCUCUCGGCUCCAAUGCGCUGGAGUGGAUUCAGCGCAGCCUCGUCGCCAGCUCCUGGGCCCCGGCGCAUUCGCAGUCCCACUCUCAGGCGCAGGCGCAGGCGACCUUGGGCCACGGAUUUUCCGAUUUCCUGCUGGAAACCCGCCUCGCCUCCUCAGGCUCCAACAUUCUGGCCUCGGAAUCGCGCCUCGUCGCGGACCUCGGCCACCAGCCGCAGGAAUCGCGCCUCCUGUCCUGCAGCACCAGCACCAGCAGCAACAGCAAUAGCAACAGCAGCUGCGGCGGCGGGCGGUCGCCCUGCUCGGACGCGCAGGUGCUCGCCGGCCCCUCGGGCAGCUCGGGCUUCAACGAGCUGCAGCGCAUGUUCCAACCGCCCCCGCGCAAUCCUGCGCCCCUCCACCCGUGUCCCGGUCCCAGCCUCAGCACCGCGGCCUUGCCGUGCUUCAGCGGCGCCUCGAGGUUGUGCAACCCUUACUCGCAGUACGCCAUCUCGAGCUUCCAAGAGAGCACGCCCUCGCCGCUGCUGCUGGACGAGCAGUACCUGCAGCGGAAGCUGGAGGAGCAAUGCGACGCCAUAAAAUUGGAGGAGCAGUGCGCCGCCGUGUCUUUGGAUCACCAGCUGCACAGCCUCCAGAUGCACUUCUGCCCGCCGUCGCCCGCCUCGUCCUACGACGAUUGCUACUACGGUCACGACGAGGCUUUCUUCCUCGACUCCAUGCCUGCCCUGCCGGAGCACGAUUACUACGACAUUCUGGGCUCCUUGCCCGAAUUCAACGAAGAUCCAACUCUUCUUUUAGUUCCCCCACUCAUGUAAAUGUAGAAAGCGGGAAAAUUUUCCUCUUGUACAAGAUUACGUAUAAUAAAAUUUCAAAGUUUUGUCCAGUCGCUGGUGUGCCCUCGUGUGUCAUAUCUCGCCGAAUGCAGCGUCGCCACUGCGCGAAGAUGUCCCGGUCAAAUUUCGAUCCGGCUCCCGGAAGGCUCAUCCGUCAGUCGAGUUUCUCGACUGUAAAGUGAUACGACGGCGGGAAGCUCUUCGGGGUUCAGCAUUGUCUUGUCGACAGGCACGAUGGCGGAGAUCGGCCUCACCCGAUCAUUUGGUUGUUGUUAAUUGGCGGAUCGAGUGGAGCUUCUGCCCCUAGAACUCAGGUUUCGUCACUUCGCAGGUUUUGGUUUGAAAUGAAUCGGAGUGUCAUCACUUGAUGGAGCCUCCGAUUUCAGCUCGGAGUCUCCCCCUCGAUGCCAGUUCUGGUUACAAUUGCUGCAGUGGGCGGGGCGACGAGGAAUGCCGGCCAUGGCAUCGAUUCUCCAGAACGGUGGUAUCAGAUAUCGGUCUUAGCUCUUUCUGUGAGAGCGAGUUCAGUGGGCUUGUGCCGGGGAUCUCGUCAUCGAAAGCACUGCGGAAGCUUUUGCAGAAUCCCGUGAGUCGACCGUCGGGCUGGCAUUCGGGAGAAGACCGCACGGACAAGAUUGCUGCCCGUAUCCAUUUCUGGAAUCCUGGACGUCUGAGCACCUCGGUUAAGUCCAAGAGUGGCUGUCUCUACUUUUCGUCUGUUCUGACACUCGGGGACAUUCAGCGUUGGUCCCCCGCGGGCGUCAAGCAAACCGUAAUUGCGCACUGAUUUUCGAUGUCAAAGGAGGUUGGUUCAGAGACCAAGACUGAAAAGUGCCUGCUGUAGUUCUGAACGACCUCGGGGCUCAGGAAAAGUCGAAUCGAGGAACGACAAUGGACAGGCCGACCCCUACCCAGUGUUGUGGACGAUGAGAGGAAUCCGAUCUGACGAUCUUCCAGAUCGAGUCUGCGCAGUAUGGCGGAACCUGGAAAGCCCGGACGAGCAAAUAUCUUGAACUCUUGUGCAGUCCCGGGACUAAGUUCAGAAAGGCUUGUGACACAGUUGAAAGUGUAAGGAAGGAAGUGUACAAGAAGAAGAGCUCCCGUUUUGGUUGUAGUGCAAUCAGAGACAACCAAACUUGGCAGCGAGUGCCGAGCUCAGACUCGUGAUCAGAGUAGAUCAAUGGACAUGGUGGUGGUGCUUGCGGUCACGAGCCUCGUGAUCGGAUGCAGCGUUUGUCACUUUGUGCGAGUCAGUGCACUGAUGAGAGGAGUGCUGUGCAGAGCACCGGGGUUGUGAAUCUGUCCUUUUGGUGAUGGCUGAAGAGCCUCGUUGGGCAGGGACUACGACUGUCAGAAAGAUACUAUAUAGAAAUGACGAGCAGAGAUUGGCCAUGGGAGGUUAGCGCCUCUGUCAUCGUACCGAAAGAUACUGGACCUUUAGCUUAGGGCCCUAUGAGCUGCACAUCUGUGCAUGCAAUGCAAAAGUCUUCCUCGCAGCGUC